CCGUGUUAACUUACGUUUAGUGUUUGCCUGGACAGCCUUCCCACAAGGUGUGAAUACAUGUUGGGGACCUUUAAUUUGUGUUUCGCUUUUUGUUUACGCUUCCUGAGUAGUGGUUCGGCAUUAUUCGGUUAUAUCCCAGCGUCUUUCCAGCUAAACCAGGGAACUUCCCUCCGAUUAAUUUAUCCUUCCAAGUCCCGAGAGGAAUCAAACGCACGCUCGAUAAGAGAGAGAAUGGGGAAGGGUUGGAAAGUUGUCAUAUGCGGCCUGGCGUCAGUUGGGAAGACAGCUAUACUGGAACAGCUGCUCUACGAUAACCAUCAAGUAGGGUCAGAAUCUAAUGAAACACUAGAAGAUGUGUAUUUGGCAUCAGUGGAAACUGACAAAGGCGUAAAGGAGCAGCUUCGACUUUAUGACACUAAAGGACUUCAAGAUGACUUAGAGCUACCAAAGCAUUACUUCUCCCUUGCCGAUGGCUUUGUGCUUGUCUACAGUGUGGAUAGCAUGGAAUCGUUCAAGAAAGUCGAUGCACUGAAAAAAGACAUUGACAAGUUCAGAGAUAAAAAGGAGGUUACAAUGAUUGUUUUGGGAAACAAAAGUGAUUUACAAGAACAAAGACAGGUAGACCUUGAACUGGCACAGCAGUGGGCUAAGGAAGAAAGGGUGAAGCUAUGGGAAGUCACUGCAUCAGAGCGGAAAACUCUAAUCGAGCCUUUCACUGUGCUGACCUGUCGCAUGACGCAACAUCAGAGCAGAUCGGCCUUUCCGCUACCAGGCAGGAGGAACAGAGGGGCUCCGUCAUCUGACUCGUGACUACAGACUGCAUUAGUCAAAAAACACUGCACUGCCUUUCAAGUCUUACUUUCAAUUCCACUGGUAAAAAAUAACCUGGUAUUCAAUUCUGUAAUUAAGAUGUCUUACGUUUACUUUUAACAAUAAAAACAAUGACUAGCAAGUCAGUCCUUAUUUUACUAUUUAAGGUCAUGUUUUGCCUUAUGUAUAACCAGGGAUGUGGAAUUUUUAUUGUUGUUUGUUCACUUAAUAACAGUGAAAAAUAAAGGAGUAAAUAAAAAGAGAGAGCAGUAGUACUACAAAACACAAAUCUGUGGCGCACAAUCUAAGAGAUGUAUUUGAAAUUGACUGAAUUCUGGGGGUUUAUGACUUGUAGCCCUUAACAGAAAUAUUGGUUUUCAAAACCUGGAAUAUUGGGCUAAAUUAUUGAAAUGAGGCCAACAUGGUGUAAAAGUGGGUAACAUUGCUUCUGCUCAGUUACUGUUGGUGCGGAGCUGAACGUUUUUGUGGUGCUGGUUAUUUUUUUUAUAUUAAACCUCGGUUUUCUGGCUUCCUCUCAGAUAAUUGGUAUCUAUAAAUCAAUCUAAUUGUGGUGGGUGUUGAUGUGUACACGACUACUUUCACAGAUGGACUGUUCCAUUUAAAGGUGGUUCUUGUCUUGUGCCCAAUGUCACAGUUGGAAAAUUAACUAGAUCAGAUACCCAUUUAGAAUUGAAGAGUUUGUAUGCAUAAUGAUGUAUAGUUGAGGAAGCACAUAGCAUAACAGCUACAGAACACAAAAAUUGUAAUGUGUUUCUUCAUCAAUCAAGCAAAAACCACCAAACAGAUUUUCAUAAAGUUUUGCAUGUGCUUGUUAUUGGUGUGAGGGGUGAUAGUCGAGGGCUGACAACAGGGAUUAUAAUUUGCAUUAGGCAGCAGGACAGCACUGCUCAACAGAAUGUCUCAUUCAGAGGUCUUUUGGUGGCCUCCCCCUCAUCUUCUUGUACAAUUGCUCAGUUUUUGCAGACUACCUUCUCUAGGCAGAUGUCUAGCUGUGCCAUACUCUUUCCAUUUCCUCAAACAAUUUAACGGGG